CUUUUCGAACUUCAGCGUCGUCACAACAAAAAUAUCCAAAAUUCCUGUCUAUUUUGUUUUGCGACGGUCUAAUUAUAAAAAUGCGCUUAUAAAUAAGUACGUGGAGAUUCAGUGAAUUUUCUCGUGUGAUUAUCCGUCGUCUACUUAAUUGGCUUGUCCUGAAAAAUUGAUUUACUCCCAGAGAGUGAAAUCUAACCUUUAUUUCUUGAUUUUUAUUUUGCGUUUUUUACCCACUUGUGCCGAAAAAUAGUGGUCCUUGAGCUGUGUAGCCGUAGAAAUGACAUCCAGGAAGCGAAGCGGAUCUGGAUCGAAGCGCCCCAAGGAGAAAGUGGUGUACAUCUAUGAGUUAAUAUUUCGGGGUGAAGAUCCGGCAAACAGCAACAGCAAUCCAGAGUUCUGGAAUGAAUUCUUUCUGCUGCAGCCGAAUGUAGAGAGCCUGGAGGCGGAAUUGCUGAAGCAAACAAAUGAACAACUAAUGGCGAUUAGAGGAAACAUCAAUGAACUCUUCACGAGAUGCAUAGACAUCCUCAGUUCAGAUCAUCCCAAGAGAGUGUAUAACUCCCUGCAGACCCUCUGCGCUCUGAUCUAUGCGAUCUUCAAAAAGUCCUCCUCGGGAACUGAGUCCGGCUUCGACAUCAUCAACACGAUGGUGGGCUUCUCUGAGGCGGAGGAGAAGAUGAAGAAGCUCGUCCAUCACUGCAACGAGUUCCUGGUCAGUGAUACCGAAGACUGCCCACGUGACAUGUGCCUGAAGCUGCUGCUUGUCCUGGUCACGGGCACAGACAAUGUGAGCCAAAAUGUACUGUUGGAGUACAUUAUGAUCAACAGCAUCUUCGAGUCUUUCGUGCGCAUCCUCAGUGAUCCACCACUGCGAGCCCUCCACGGGCAUGACAUCGUCAUUCUGCUGACGCUCCUUGUGAACUACAGAAAAUACGAGGCCCCGAAUCCUUACAUCGUGCAGCUUUCCAUAUUGGCUGACGAAUUGGCACUGAAUGGAUAUGGACAAGUGAUUUCCUCCUCCCUCAUCGAGUUUUGCCGGCAGUAUACGCAGAAUCUCGCGGAGGCUCAGUCAUCGUCGUGGUUCUCGUCACUGUCCAACAUUGUGGGCAACAUGUUCGUGUCGGACGAAGGCUGUGAUAAAGUGCAACAGAUCCGAGCGAAUAACGCCCUCCUGCUGGCACUGUACGAGGCCGUGCACCUCAAUCGGAACUUCAUCCCAACACUGGCGCACAGUCAGGCGGAGUCGUCGGCACCACCGUCGCCCAGCAACACCCUCAACGCUAGUCAGCCGGUGCCCGAUCUCGCCACGGCGCCUAUUAUCGAUGUCACGCAGUUCCCCACGAAUCUCCUCGUGGCGGUCUUUCAGUACUGCUCCAUUGUGAUGCAAGACCACAAGAAUGAGUCCUCCACGAUCAAUCUGAAGCUCUGCUUCCUCAUUCUCACGUGCAUCGCCGAAGAUCAGUACGCCAACUCAAUGAUGCACGACGUCAAUCUCACGUUCAAAGUCCUCAUCCAUCGAGCACAGAUGAGACACCGAAAACUACCUGGGGAACGUGUAUCAAAGUCACAGCCACUGGCGGCCACACUGCUGGACCUACUGGUGGAGUUCAUUGUGUCGCAUCUCAUGAAGAAGUUUCCCAUGGAGCUGUACCUGGUGUGUGUUGGCAUUAUCCAUCGCAUUUUGUGUUACCAGAAGCGCUGUCGCGUGAGACUUGUGUAUCCGUGGAAGGAAUUGUGGUCAGCACUGAUUGGACUGCUGAAGUUUCUCGUUGGACAGGAGCAGAAUCUGGUGAAGAAGUGCAACAUCUUCCAUCUGGCCAUCCAGAUUGUCAACAUCUUCAAUCUCUUCAUCACAUACGGUGACACCUUCCUCGCCACCACAAAUAGCUACGAUGAGCUUUACUAUGAGCUCAAUCGCGAAGAGAAAGUCUUCAGUGAAAUUCAUGCAAUGGUACUGAGAUACACCACAAUACCUGAUUGCGAGUACAAGGACGAUGUGCUGAAGCUUCUGCAGUCCUUGGUGAACAUCUUGGCGAUUAUCAAACAUUUUCAGAUCAAGAUCAAAGAGUGGCUCGACUCACAGAACAUCUCCACACCCAGUGAAGAUCAGAUUCUUGAGGUGGUGCGCAAGAACUACGAUCUAACACUGAAGCUGCAAGAUUCACUGGAUCAGUACGAAAGAUAUGCCGAGAAGCCCAAACACGCUGCCUUCUUCACAUCGAUGGUGCGUGAGGUGGUCACGGACACGCGGAAGAACAUCUAUUAUGCCAUCAAGGAGGCCCACGCGGCUCCGCAGGCAAACUACUACUUGAGUCCCCAAUAGAAGGGGCGCCCAUGUAUCUUAACCUCCAGUUUUCUCCUCCAAUUCCACACAAUUUGUACAGCUGUAGAGAGUUUUUAAGAAUGGAAUAUAACUCGGGAAUAUCAAUCGCA